AUGGGUUGUCAUUCUUCUAUAGAAGGAACAACUGUAAAAGCAUCAACAGUGUGUUUUUUAGGCUUAGAUGGUUCAGGAAAAUCCCAUAUUGUACAUAGAAUUCUUCAUGGUGAUUCAACAGAUUACAUUCCAAUUUCAACACCAGCAUCCGAGUAUUACGAAAUCCCCGAAUACGAUCUACGUCUUUUUGAUGUAGGUGGACUUGGAAAAUAUCGUGAAUUAUGGCUUCAAAUCAUUAAACAAUGCGAUGGUGUUGUAUUUGUUAUCGAUAAAUCAGAUCAUACAAGAAUGAGUAGAGUAAGAGAAGAAAUUUCGGAAGUAUUAACUGAAUGUGCCAAUCUCUCAAUUCCAAUUUUAAUAUUAGCCAACAAAUGUGAUUUAGAUAAAACACUAAAUGAAAAUGACAUAAGCUCGAUCACGCAAAUAUCCCAAUACCAUGUCGAAUACGCUAUUAAAGAGUGCUCUGCAGUUUCAGGCGAUGGAAUUAUUUCAGGUCGUGAUUGGAUACUGCAGCACAUUAAAGCUAAGAACGAAUAA